GUUAAAUGUGUUAACCAAAUGGUGCAGAUCCAAGUGCGGAUAAGUUACAAACAGGAAACCAUCUUCUUUUGGGAUUUCAUGGUGCAUUCAAUCAGUUUACAAUAGAUAUUCGCGACUAGACAAAUCUUAGAUUAGCAAACUAGAUGGGGGUAACAUACAUCGUAUACCAUUUUCGCUUUCUUUGCAUCAUACGCAUGUACACACAAUAAGAGUAAGGGGGGAAAAAAUUUCUUCUGAGGUAAACUGGGACUGUUUUACUCGUUGCAUGCAGGUCUACGACGACAUCGAAGAAGACGACGACGUAUGAAAUCUCUCGCCUCGAUACGAGAGUGAAUAUCGGCCCUCGUCUUUUCUCAACUCCCCACAUUUUUCAUUUUACUUACGCUUGAGACAGCCACGGGCGAUUUGAGACUAUAUCAUCGGCCAUCAUCGUUUGAGCGAGUGAAAAUAAUUCGUGACUCCACAUACAGAUCCAGAAUUGCUGCUGCCCGUUCGUAAAAAUCAGUGCUUCACCUCAUUGUCGAAACCUGAAGAAGAUUUGGAAAUGGUGCUGGAGUUCACGAAUACUGACCUCGUUGUGAGGUAUCUGUAUCUAGGAACCCAGCGGCCAUUCUAUAUCCGAAAAACUCAACCCCUUGACAUACCAUUGGCCAAGGAGACUCUACAGACUCCCCUGAAGAACCUUAUCGGUGUGGCUACAGCAAGAAAGCAAUUAAAAGCACUUAAGGAGGCCACCAAAAAAGUGUUAGAAUCCAAAACAACAACCGGAGCUACCAGCAAAGAUGCCGUGGCAGUCAAAAAAGAGGCGGAAGAUAUCGGUCAAGCGAUCGAAGAUCUGGAAAAGGCAAUCAAAAGCGAUUUCAAAGAGAUGGACCCGGUCGACAUUCUGAGAAAGGUUUUGAGUUCCGGUACACUUUGGCGUCUCGAUGAAAGUCUUUUCACAAUCGCAUAUCUUGCCCGAACUCUGGAAGAUCCGUCUGAGAAAAAUCGCUUGUACCAACUGAUCCCGGAGUAUAUCAAAACUUCAAAAGAUUUGUUCCAAUUUUUGUUCUUUUACAAAACGGUCUCGGCCAAGGACAACGGCAAAUGUUGUAUAGGGAACGGUGUAAAGAGCGCUUUGAUAAAGUGGUACGAUAAACAUACUGCUGAGCAGUUGGCUCAAAUGUUUGCCCUGGAAAGAAGCUGGUACGGUUGGUCUCACAAGAACGUCUUGGUGAUGAUCCACAUGAAAUUGGAAGACAAAGCAAAGAUGCAGGUCGUUGAUGUUGCAACCGGUGGCAAGGGCAUAGCACGAGGACCCAAGAAAGCCGAAUCCACCGAUGAGAAAUCGAGUGAGGAAGAACAAGAACAGAGUGAAGCGUUACUGGUUUAUAGGCGCUGGAAGAAGUUUAAAUCCGUUAACAACGCAAACGAAGCCUGUCAAGGUAUUCUGGAAUUCAACUACCCUUUUCAAUUGGUACCAACGCAGUUGCAUCGAGCAUCCGUCGUUUGGGAAACUAUUUUGCCUAAAAUGCCGUAUCGUGAUGUCAUCAAAUCUUCACUGGCGCUGCAAGACUACAAAAUGCUUAAAGAUGCUUCACGUUUAACGACCAUCUAUGGCAAUGCAGUGAAUUGCAUGACAGCCGUUAAGGAAUCGAAACUGCACCCCGUUUUCAUUUAUCAAACUAUGCGACUGUUUGAGGAACGCCAGCGGUAUCUAAACAUCGUGAAGGAGGCGGUACAUUCGGUCUCUAAUCUUGGAUUGAAAAAUAUUACUGCUAAUCCGGCAGUGAUUAGACAUUUCUACAGCGCGUUGAACGAAUCGAUGCUGAACUAUAAACGUACCAAUCUCAAUUUCUUCAUCACCCUUGAUCUGAGAACCAAGCACAGCAGAAAAACGGUUUUCGGUAACCGGCUGAUGUCCUGCUCCGCAGCUUAUGUUCUGUGCACGCUGCCAAUCUUGAAACGGGAACAAUUUGUACGGGUGAUGACGUUCACCGAGCAAGCCGAAACCUUGAAGGACGUUGAUUUCACCCGGGAGAUGAAAUUCUUCGAUGCAUUCGAGCACAUCCAGGCUAAUUCAGCAAAGAAAACCAAAGUGGACAUCCAGCAGCCGCUAGAAUAUGCUUCGAAAGGCAAAAAUAAAGUUGACGUGUUCAUCACUAUCGUCGACUCGUUGAUACGAGUCAAUCCGCAGCGAACCUCGCCGGCUGAAAGAUUGUACAAGUACAAUCACGACAAGAAGGCCAAUGCUCGCUACAUCAUCAUCAAUUUGAGUCGCCACACGCAGGACUUGAACCAUCAGAACGAUCUGAAAGGUGUUCUAGAGCUGGUUGGAUUCAAUGAAGAUACACCGAAGCUGAUUGAUGCCUACAUCCACGGCUGUUUCAAUUAAACGCUGGCAUCUGAUAUCUAUGAAAGUAAGGUUUGAAUUACUAAUGUUUCUUAAGCUAAGGUUAUUAUCAUGCAGUAGUAUUCAUUCGAUAAGCUUCUCUAAUUUGACAACCUCGGAGUAUCAACCAUUACGAAAAAUAGUCUUUGUAGUAAAUUACACAAGACGUUUCGAAUCCAAUGAGCUACUCGAGUUGUCAAGCCCAGUUUCAAUAGAUCUAACGAAUAUCUUUGUAGGUGGGUAAACAAAAGUACCCCGUAGAAUUACUAUUUCGUUGGAAGCAAUCCAGUACUAUCGAUUUUAAAUUAGUUUUCAAUAAUCAGUUUUAAAUUAAGUUUUCAUUUCGAUUGAAAUUUAUAUUGGAAUUCAUGUGAUUUUAUGUCACCAUGCAUGAGUUGUAAAUUUUUGAAUAAAAAUUUCAUAAUCGGUGAUUAUUUAAAUUUCUGUUUUUUACAAUCUGAAAACUGGACUGAAGGAGAACCUGAGAAAUUUUAGUUAAACUAACUCUCAUUAUUCGUAUUACCACCAAUCAAAAAGAGAUUUUGUCUGAGCGCUGUUAUAAAUAGUGCUGUCCUAAACAGUGUGAUAUUUGGAAAUCCCUGCGAAAUCCAACCAAUUGCGUAAAAUUUACAUCAUAUAGAUCGACUUUUAUAAGCUGUGUACUAGAACACUCCUACUGAAUAUAGAAAAAAAAACUAAACCCAAAGAUUGAAGGAAAUUGGAAUAGAAACACACAAAAGCAUUCACAUGCACAACUGAAACUGACAUUAAAUGUUUCGAAACAGUAGUUAUUAUUCAAUGACCACGUUAUGUGUUUGGUUUUAUUUUUACUGUUAAUCGUGAAUAUCGAACGACCCAUAUUGAAGCUUGAAGCGAGUUCUCCUUCAGUCAUUGCUUCUGUAAACGAGAACUUGUUUUGAAGGAAUUAAAAAUCUGGGGGGUGGGGUUAUAAUUUUAAGCUAUCAAUAGGUAAAAUAUGUAUUCGAAGGUUGGAGGUUCCAGUUGCACUUGAUAACAUCCCUUAAAUGGUCGGGAUUCGACCAGAUCGAACUGAACGCCAUAAGCAGUUUUCCGAGACACUUGAGUUUAAUGUACUAAUAUUUUCAACUUUAAACAAUAUCUGUAAAACUUAUCAACCAGAACCAAUAGUUAACAACCCAAGGAACACAUCCCAGUGAAUAUAUUUACUCGUUUUGGUCUCGUAAACGAAUGACAUGAGUUUCAAAAUCUGCAGUUUAAAAAUUUUCUCAUGGCAUUCAGUUCGGUCUGGUCGAAGCCAGGCCAAAUAUGUGUAGAACUUUCACCCAAUAUAUACAUUUAACCACAUGAUUAGACACAUGAUGGUAAUAUACAUGAAAUGUAAAUUAUAUUAAUCCCUAAACACGAAACCCUGAGCUAACGUUUGAAUUGCACAUUUUUCUUCAAGCUACUUAUUGUUAGUGAGCAUUACCGAAUAAAAUUGAAAUACAAGCUAUUAAAGGCGAAGAAAAAUCACAGUACAUACGAACCUUUAUGUUGAAAAAAUUACUUGAAUUUUGACUUCAAACUUUCCUGGAUUUUUUUUUCUUCGUAAGGACACAUUCAAUUUUUACAGAAAAUUACUAAUGGUUGAAAAAAUCAUAGGGGAAUACAAAGAAAACUGUAUUUCAAUUUGAUUGUAUGCUUGAUUUUAUGAAGGCUUUCUUGUUGCGAUAAUAGGGGAUGUUCCGGAAUUAAAACCAACGUUGAAAUCAAAGUGCAUGCGAAUUUUUGUAAAGUAACACAAUAAUAUACUUAGUAGAUGUUUAUCUUGCAGGUUUUGUGUUGUACUAUGUGAUUGACGUAAAUAAUCGUAGAAAAAUAUAUUAAGCGAACUUGGAACAUUGUUGCCGCACUCGGUGAAAAAUCCAAAAGCAUCUUCUAUUUUAUUUUAUUUCUAAAUCUGUAUUGAAAUUUUAAGUUUACAGUAUGACCCAAAAAAAAUACGAAAAUCUGUCAUCAAGGUUCAAAAAUACUUUUCUUGAUGUUAGUUUUUUUUUUUAUUUACAACUAGUUUAUUAAAGGCCUUUUACUUUUACAAAGUUUAAAUGUGCCAAGGGUCUUUGUAUCACUGGUUAGUAGGGAGGGGGGCCGUAAUAGUCGCGGCGACUCAACAGUUAAAAAAAAUUUUUUUUUAAUAAGGGAAAAGGAAGGGGUUUAUAUGGUUUAUUCUUCGAUAUCAGCUUUCCAUUACAGGGCUUGUGAUAUAGCUCAGUUGGCAAGUCUGUUGUCUCCUUAGCCGAUGUCCGCGAGUUCGAGCCCAAGAGUAAACAUCGAACACAGUUGUACCGGACAAGUUUUUCAAUAACGAUCUGCCAACUGUAACGUUGAUAAAGUCGCGAAUGCCAUAAAGAUGGUAAAACGACUAUAAUCGAAACAAAAAAAAAAAAAAAAGCUUUCCAUUAGGGUCCGGUGGUUGCCUCCUGUAGCUGUGGUUAUUGAUGUUAGUUAACAUGAUUUAAAAACUUUUUUAUUCAUUCAGGUACGUGGACAAUCAUAUCAGGAAACAAUCACUCGAUAUGUCAACUUUCGUUCUAAACUACUCUCUCCAGGCGAGAUCUGAAUCGGGAGCAUAUCUUCGCAAUAUGAGCCUCUAACAUUGAAGCCCAUCCCUCAGAGAUGCAAGCCUUCAGAGAAUUGACACUUGAGUGAAAGGAUUCACAGACCUUCGCUUGAACAUACGCCCAUAUCAAAGAGUCGAGGGGGUUAUUUAUUUAUUACUAGCUGACCCGGUGUGCUUUGCUACACCUUCCAAAAAUUAUGGAAAUUUGUGGUCCCUAGUUAUUUAAUUUUUCAUUUAUUUGCACAGAACUCUAAAUUCAAUUUCAAUAUCAUUAAAAUGUUUUUUUUUUUUUCAAAAUAUAAUUGCAACGUUUUUUCUUUUGAAAUCUUGAAUAAUUUUUUUUAUUCCGUGUUUUAAUCUUUUUUAUGACUCUGGAUUUCUUUGCUUCAUAAGCUUAUAGCUUAAGCCAAUUUUUUUUUAUAUAUGGAAUCUUCGCUGUCCCUUUAUUUGUAGAAAGGGUCUCAAAAUAUCCUAGACAAAAUUUCUGUAGCAAAAUAACAUCACGGGAAACUCAUUCAACUUAUUCGUUCUCGAAUUAUUAUACAAAUUGUGAGAGUGACCCCCUCCAUCAUUCCUCUAAUUUUAAUGGAAGGAAGGGGGUCUCAUAACAUCAGAAAAACACUUCUUAUAUACAAAUACGAUUCCAUAUCAUGUAUGGAUUCAUUCUCGAUAAGCUCUCGAGCUAUUCAAAAAAUGGGUGACCCUCUUCUCACUAUAUAUCUCCCCUCUGACAGGAGAAAGAGGUCUCAAACCAUCGAAGGCACAUUAUCCGUACACAAAUAUGCUUACAUGCAAAUUCGGUUCCAUUUUCUCGAUUAGUUAUCAAAAUAUUUUUUAAAAAAUGUAUGAGUGACCCUUCCCUGACCCUGCCAAAUUUGGUUUCUUUUGCCUUAUUAGUUGUCGAGUUGUGCCAUAAAAUUUGUAUCUGAGCCCCUCUUGCUGCCUAUCACCCCCUACCUCAAAGGAGGCGAUCAAGAUCAAACAAUUCGUGUAUUCAAAUCCAUUUCCAUGCCCAAUUCUGAUCCACUUGCUCGAUUGUUAGAUUGUUUCCAUGUCAUAUUUGGUUAUAUUUGUUAGAUAAGUGCUUGGUUUAUGCAAGAUAAUCGUAUAUGAGCUCCUGUCCUCUCUAACUGUAUCCCCAAUUUAAGGAGAAAGAAGUUUCAAAUAAGUUAAUAAUCUUUUUACGUAUCCAAAUGCUAUCCCAUGCCAAAGUUGUUUCCAUUUGAUCAAGUUGUGCGAAAAAUAGUAAAGGAGCUCCCUCUCUCCUCCCUGUCACGCAACUGGAAGGAGGCAGUAGUACCAAAUAUUCACAGAAACAUUCCUUGUGUUCUAAUACCCUUACAAACCAACUUUCGUUUCAUUUGCUGGGUAAGUUCCCGAGUGAUGUAAAAAUUGUAUAGAAGCACCCUCCUCCCUCAAGAUUUUAUAACUUGAAGAACGGAGGGUUCUCAAAAUAUCAUAGAAACAUUUUUCGUAAUCAAAUACCUUCCCACACCAAAUUUGGUUCCAUUUGCUUAAUUAGCUAUCCAAUUAUGCUAAAAAUUGUAAAGGACUUUCUCUCUCCUCACUGGAAGAAGGGAAGGGUAGCAAAUAUUCAAAGAACUAUUUAUCGUACCCAAAUAAAUUUCCAAGCCAAAUUUGGUUUCAUUUGAUCGAAUAGAUUCCAAGUUAUGCAAUUAAAAAGGUAUGAAAACCCUCUCCUUCCUUCCUGUAUCUUCACUGUAAGGAGGGAGGGGUAUGAAAUAAUCAUAGAACCAUUCCUCGUAUUCCCCUCCCCUCCCAUGCCAAAUUUGGUUCCAUUAGCUUGAUUAGUUCUCCAGUUAUGUAAAAAAUUGUAAGGUAGCCUCCCUCCCUCCUUCCUAUCUCCUCACUGAAAGGAGGGAGGGGUACCAAAUAUUCUUAGAAAUAUUUCUCGUACCCAAAUACUCUCCCAUGCCAAGUUUGGUUUGAUUUGCUUGAUCAGCUCUGGAGUUAUGAAGACUUAUUACUUUUAUAUGAAAGACCCCCUCCCCCCUUCCUGUUAAAGGGAGGGGUCUCAAACCAUAAUAGGAACCUUCCCUGGCCUCCAAUACCCCCACCUGCCAAGUUUCAGGUAAAUCGGUUCAGUAGUUUUCGAGUCUAUAGGGAACAGACAGACAGACAGACAGACAGAAAUUCAUUUUUAUAUAUAUAGAUUUAUUUAUUAAGUCUUUGACUGCUGUCAUACAUACCGAGUGUUAAAACUAACUUAUGUUUAAAUUAAAGUUACGUUAAAGCUAGGGAACGUCACGGAUAGCACAUUUAAACAUUGAUUUUGAUACAUUGAAGUCAAACAAGUAUGACACAUCGUUGAAGACCUGACAACAUCGAUUAAGCGGGUGGUUUUGUCCAAAAACUGUUCUGCUUCUAGGUAGCCAGAAGGUUUGGUUGCGCAAACGACGUGCUGGGGCGUGCAAACUCAAGCUUUGGAGCAAUUGUGGACAAUCAACAGUGUUCGUCAGGAAUCGUAUACAAACAUUCGCUGCAAAUAUGUUCUUCUUUGACUCAGAGACGAUAUAGACAGAAGUGCGCACCUUUGUGGGUAAGGCGGUAGCCUUACGGGGUCUCGCCAGGGCAGUCGACGCAGUGCAUAACGAAGAAAUUUUUUCUGAAUUCGUUCGAUCCGUUCGAUAUGAACAGAGUGGUAGGGUGCCCAAACUGGUGCCGCAUAUUCCAAGACACUUCGUACUAAAGAGCAGAACACUGUCUUGAGAGCGUAUGGGUCAUCAAAGUUCAAAGUAUUUCGUCGCAGGAAUCCAAGCAUAGCAAAGGCCUUAGCUGUUGUUGUCGCAAUGUGCUGAUUAAACGAGAGCUUCUGAUCAAAGGUUACUCCUAGAUCCUUAAUGGUGACAACUCUUUCAAGCGGAGUGCCACCAAAAGCGUAUUCGAAGACCACGGAGGUUCUGGUUCUAAAAAAGCUGAUACACUUGCAUUUAUCGGCGUUUACUUCCAUCCCAUGUUUUCCACACCAUGCGAGUAGUCUAUUGAUGUCUUCUUGAAGCGCAGCACAAUCCACUCUGGAGUCAAUGGUCCUUUAGAUUUUCAAAUCAUCUGCGAACAGUAGUUUUGGCGAUUGAAGGAAAGUUGCUAGAUCGUAAUGAAAAUUACAAAGAUAAGCGGUCCCAAGUGACUUCCCUGUGGAACACCAGACGGCAUAUCGAAACUAGUAGAAUGAAUUCCACGAAUAUUUAUAAAGCCAUGACGAUGUAACAGGUAUGAAUGCAACCAUUUGGUUGCCCAUUCUGGGAAACCGUAGCGCUUAAGUUUCUCCAUCACGACCAUAUGCGGCACUUUAUCGAAGGCUUUGGCAAAGUCGACGUAUAUUGAGUCCACUUGCAGUUUUUUAUCAGUUGCAGCAUACAAUUCACUGGCAUAGCACAUCAAGUUGGUCAACGUCGAUCUUUUCCGGAUAAACCCUGUAACGGGUCACAGAAUGAUGAGUGAAAUUUAAUUUAACUUACUCUACUUUAGCGCCAAGCAACAGUGAAAAUCGCAAUUGCAUGUGGAGAAGCAUGUAAAGUUACGCCCGGUGAGACUUCUCAAGGCAGGUCCCGUACAAAAUUUAAAUUUAAAACUUCCAAUCGUUCCACGAGCACAUACAAGUUAACCCAACCCGAAACCAGAGAACCAAUGCGGGGCUUCAACUAACUGCGAUUAUCAGAAACCAAAGAUCAAUUUUCUAACCCUCGUCUCACGCUAUCAGGACUCUUUAGAUGGAUUAUCUUGUUGAGAGUUUCCUUUUCAACUCCACACGUAUUCUCGUAUUACGCAAAUAAACUCUUUCCCCCCAGCGGGUUUCGAACAAUCACUCAACAUAAAAAAAUCAAAUUAUCUGACCUGUUUUCUGCUGCGGUGCGUAGUUCCUCUCUCGGCAGCGGCUGUUGAUGGAUCCUUUCGCUGGCGCGCGUGUGUCCCGACUACGUUGGUGCACUUCCCUCGAGGGCGGCUAAACUUGAACUCACUUUCUGAACUGGGCGGCUGAUUGCUUGACCGCUGCUCGCAUGAGACUUACUGUUGGGUUCGAUGAUGGUACACGUCCGGUUUUGACGACCGACCACGUGCACCCGGAGAUCGCGGAUUGACCUCCGUUGGCCCGUAGGUGCUGAAUGGUCUAAAGACUCGCUUAAUGAGGCGGCGAAAACGUUCGCAACCCCGUUCACCUACCCAGGACAUACACCUUCACUUGUAAGAUAAGUCCUUCAAGUGAGAAUCAUUAAAUUAAUGUUAAGUUGUUCGAAAUAAUUGUUACACUGAAUGUUACCUUAACCCUACUCAGUAAGAGGUCAGGAUGUUGCGAUAAAUCUCGAGACGCACUAGUUUUCCUUUAAUUUUACUGCAAGUGUUACGUUUUUGUUAAUUUGAGCUUAUUUUUUCUAAGUUUUCUGCAACUUACGGAGUGAACUAGAAAACUCUCGCACAGGGCCGAGUUGACGUUCCAAUUGUAAAAUUCCGUAGUAACGUUUGGAAUUUUCCGCAAUUAUCUCAACUAAAAUUGUAAGUCACAUUUUAGACCAUAUCGAUUGCUUCUAAAGCUUCUUACUCACGUCCUCUUGUGAUUCGGUGUUCGCUCAAAAUAUACUUUUCACACUGCAGAUACGUCUGCCUUAUCCACCGAUCGAUUUGAGAAAAGAAGCUUGAAUCUUAUGGUCGAGGCUGUCAACCCCAAAUUUAUUCCCGAACAUUGCCCCCACACACACAAGUCCAUGUUUAUAUAUUAAAUUUCCAUACUGACAUCGGUUCUCUGAUUUUGAUCAGAUCAGAGCCGAUGUGCACAGCUUCACGAUCGAAUCAAAAUGGCUGGUUCCGAAACCGGCCGCUAGUGGCGCUGUGGUUGAUUAAAAUAAACUAAUUGCAAUGAUGAACUAAAUGAGAUAUGAUUUUUAUCGGCAACUCAUUUGUAACGUCGUUACAACCCGUGCUGGACUUCGGCAAGUAACGGUGUAGCUGCUGAAUAGAGCCUUUCGUACAUCAAAACUUCAAGCACUUUUGAAAAACAGCAGAGGAUUGAAAUUGGCUCCAAAUACUAUGACUCCAGCGGGAUUUUUUGUAGUAAACUUUAAUUUCAUUCUCUGUAACAUGCUUAGCCUUCAGGGGUGAAAUGUGCCGUUCUGUGCGUGAAUUGAAAACCAGAUCAAUCGAAAAAAGUUUCUCUUCUGAGAACACGACAAUCUGUUACUUGUUCUUCAACUUAGACAGAAAUUUUUUCGAGCGCCCAAGCCGCAGUGCUUGAAUUCGUUCUGUUUUCAAAUGGCGCUUUGCUCUUGCCUUUGAUGAUGCAUUUAAGUCAUCUUUUACCAAUCUUUGUAUGAAAUUAUUCGAGAUAUUUGCUUCCUUAGCCAGCUUCUGGAUUUAUCUUAGUGGACUCCGCUUCACUUUCGUCUUGACCAAUUUUAUCACUUUGGUUUUGCACUAACCGGCUUCCGUGGAUAUGGUCUAUCAAGCAGAGAACAUUUCACGCGGUAAACAGUCGCUAAAUGGCAUCCUACAGUCGCCACAAUUUUAUUGGGAGAUUUUUAGGCGAGAAGCAAACUGAUCACUGUCUCCUUGCGCACAUUUAGCCGAUAAAACAUAUAACGUAUUACUGCAUUAUUUACGUCAAUUGACAGAUGAAGGUUAGAUCUAAUACACCCACGAGAAAAUUUCCUUAAAAAUGAUCAAAAACAAUCCAAAACAGAUUCCUAAUAAUUUUCUCUUUUUUAUGGGUCUUAGUGAAUUGUUCCGUUUUAAACCGUCGUAAACUUGUGGUUUUCAGUUAAGUUCAUAUCUAAGGUUGCCACAAUUUUUCCAGCACGUAUCCGAGCUGGACAAAUCCGGGAUAUUUUAUCUUAAAUCUGGCAAAAUCCGGACAUUUGAUUUCAAAAUUGUUGAUCAAAAUCCGAGCUAUAUCCGGGUAAAUUUGAUGGUCAAAACCUAGGAAUUACUCAUCAGAAAUGAAAAAAAUAACUUGAAAAAAAAAUGUAUUCAUCAAAAUUUAUCAGGAGAUUCCAAAUCACAUUUAAGGCUCUCAAAAAACCUCUCAAGCUUAUUUUUAUGAAACUAGUUCAAAAAACAAUUUACAACACAAUUUGUUUAUUUAAGUUUUAUUUGAGAAUGAGAAAGAGAAUAAAUCCGGUCUUUUGCCAAAUUUAGUAUUAAAUAUCUGGGCAAACCCGGAUAAAAUCGGGCAAUCUGGCAACCUUAUUCAUACCACUUGUCUGAUACUUAUUUCAUUGAAAAAUCUUAAUUCUAAUAAUAAUGAGAA